AUGACAAAGGAAGAUAUACUUGGACUAUCUGUAUCAGAAUAUAGAGAGUUAAUCCGCCUUCCUGUGCAACGUAUUGAAGAUGCCCAUGGGUUUUGUACCAAAGUUGCACAAAUAGUGGAACAAAACUUACUACGAGAUCAUCGGCUUAUUGCAUAUCUCAUUAAUAGUAUACCCAAUGACACUAUAAAGAUGGCAGUUCUUGUUAGUCUAAGAAGGCUUUACAGUAACAAUUUCCCAAAACUUUCUGUGAUUGAGAUGCUUGAAGAUGUUAAAUCGGAAAGAUUUAGACAGCUAUUUUUGUACAUCAUGGAGAUGAUAGUGAACACAGAAGACCAGCUGCCCAUAGAUUUGCUAUGCACAUACUUAAACCACAUGUCACUAUUAAACGUGGUCAAUACUCAUCCAAUCGUGGUACCCACCGAAUUGUUUAAAAAAGUUAUGACAAUGACUCCUACUCCAAGAAAAGCUGAAAUGUACAGUUACAUGGUAAACAUUAAUUUUAUACCAGAAGAUUUAUCCAUUCUCAGGCAACUACAGUACCAAUUAAGUAAAGGAAGUGAAAUUGAAAAGUAUAUUGUUCGAACGGGACAGUUGAAUGCUAAGUGGCAUGAUACGGUUAAGCCAAUCACAAACGAAACACUUAAGCAAAAAAUGCUUUACUUUUUUAGUUUUGAUAACAUUCGGAUGUUCACCUUCCAGGCUAUCAAGCGAAAGGAUCUAGCGGACUCCAAUAUGUAUUUGGACAUUUUGGUUUCUAAGUUCGAACAAAAUUGCACUGAGAUUGAGAACAGUGUGUUUGUAUUAGAUAAUGCAGAAGAGAUGAUAUCAUCUAGGGUACAAAACAUCAUGAGGACGGUAUUAUUUUAUUUGAUGACUUUUAAAGGGGCUGAUGCAUCCAUCAAGAUCAUUCAUUACAUGUUGAAAAACAACAUAGAAAUCAAGUUCGAAAUUCUCUCAACAAUCAUGAGUAAUUUAAUGGAGCAAGGAUUUUAUGAUGAGGCUAUUGUGGUUAUUAACAGUAUCAAGUUGGAUGCUUUGAAUGGAAGAGAGAAAAAAGUACUUGUGGAUAAUAUUUUCAAACUAAUGGCCGGCAAGUUUUCAGAUUCUCCAAAGGUUUUGCUAGGUUAUGCUACAACUCUUUUCCGAAGUCCCGAUCAAGAUAUUUCAAUAACAGAUUUGUUGAACGGGUUUCGAAUUCUCAGUGUUGCUUUUGGCUCUACGAAGUUAGAGUAUGUGAAGUCUCCCAACAUAGUUCUGGCUUCUGUCGACCAAAACUUAACAGGGGUAAGAUUUUCCCAUGAAAGCCUCUACCACAUCUACACUACAAGUUUACAGAAUACACCCAGAGAAGAGAUAACACCUGAAUUCAUUUUCCGGCUUUUCAUGAUCUACUUGGGAAAAAUAAAGACGUCAAAGCAUGUUUUCUUGAACGAGAGAAAGAUAUCUGAUUCAAUCGUUACAUUGUUUCUUAAUUAUUCGAUGAAGGUAGACCCCACAAGUAACAAAAUGAAGUUGAUAAGAGACAAGAACAACUACGAUACGGCCAGAGCAGUUCUUUUGGGAUUUUUCAAAAGUUUCAAGUUAAAUCCAUCUCUUAUAAAGCCAUAUCCAUUCGAGUUGAUGAUAUACAGCAGUUUAAUUCUUCACAAUGACCUCUCUUCAGCUUCAGAAUUCAUCCGUGUAAGCAGGUCAUAUAAGCUUCCCUUUACGUUCAAUCAACUAUAUCCUUUCAUCAUAUACCACUACCAAAAUGGUCAAUUCAAACAAGCCGAGUCAUGGUAUAAAAUGUUGGUAUCUCAUGGAAUUAAAUCGAAGUCAUCUGAAAUGAACCGGAUAUUUGAGAUUGCUAGAGAAUUAAAGUGGGAUAUAAAGGGGUUUUCUUAUAGAAGGCAAGUAAAUCUAAAGAAUAGAGCUCUGCGUGAAGCUAUGAAGGACAUUAAUGAUGAUAACUUCUCGAGUUUAGGUGCAAGACUCAAUGAGGAUUUAGCAGCCUUUGAAAACCAGGAGAAAAUGUUCCCCAACUUUAAAGAAAACCUCACAGCCUUGCUCCAGACUUCUCAGCUUAAGUGA